AUGAAAAGAAAUGAGGGUGUUAGUCAAGAAGGAGAGGUUGAAAAAUUGAAAGAAAGGGAGUAUGUUAAACCUUUGCCGUAUCCAAAGACAUACUCGAGAAGGGAAAAAGAAAAGCAGUUUGAGCGCUUCAUGGAAAUCUUUAGGAAACUGGAAAUAAUCAUACCGUUUUCUGAGGCACUUCAGCAGAUGCCAUCAUAUGCCAAAAUUCUAAAGGAACUUCUCAUGAAAAAGAGGAAGUAUGUUGCGAAGGAAACCAUUGAAGUGCAAAGGAAUUGUAGUGCAGUCAUACAAAGGAAACUACCUCCUAAAUUGCAAAAUCAAGGGAGCUUUACCAUUCCAUGCACUAUUGGAGAGUUAGAAGUAGGGAAAGCUUUGAUUGAUCUGGGAGCUAGUAUUAAUCUAAUGCCUCUUUCCAUGUUUAAAAAAAUCAGAGGGUUAGAACUUAAAACAACAAGAAUGACUCUUCAAUAG